AUGGUGCUAUGGUUCAUUCCCGCCGAAGGGACUCAUCACUUGACAUACGCGGCGUUGUUCGACGGCGCAAGUGAUGGUCUACGGGAGGGUUUGCGCCGAGGCGGCAUUCCCAAGCCAGAGUUCACCGAAAUGACACGGAGCAGAUUGUCGCGUCGGCAUGAUGAGGAGGAUGGCCGCGGCAAUGACAAACCGAUGUCUCAAUCACACACUACCAAGAUGGCAAAACGGCGCGGAUGGACAGAAUCAAGAUCUCCUCGCACAUCCCGAGAGCUUUCUGACGAUGACGCUGCCAGUCAGGCUCGCAUUACCUGGCUCCAAUCAGGCGCCCGUUCUGGACAAGCUCCAGGCGAGCUGCCUUGGCUUGAACCAGCCCCUCAGCGCAUGGUCGCGCCGGAGGUCUCGCCGUACAGACGGAAGACUCUGCUCGAGUUCGAAACCUUCAGACUAUGGCCGAAGAACGAUACGCUCCAGAUUCGUCUCUUGGUGGAGGGUAGGAGGGGCACCUUGGCGAUCACCUCGUAUGUGUAG